UUACUAAAAAAAAAAAGGCAGAGAGCUAAACCCUUAUUCUCGGCCCCCAUCGUCUUCUCUUCUUCAGCUCUUCACGCUUCUUCAUCACUUCAAGUUUCUAAGCUCAGAACAAUUGGGUUUUGUUCCUCAGACUUUCCACUUCCUUAACAUGGUGAAAACAACAACACCAACCACAAGAAAGGGAAGCAAAAGAGCACCAUCAAACCCAAGGAAAACGAUUGUAACUAGCAGAUCGAAAGGUAAAGCAAGAAAGAAAGCACAACCAACUGGUUCAACUCUGAUUCCGGAAUCACCUCCACAAGAAAAACUGCCAUGGAAAGAAUGGGGCACAAAGAUGGUUAAAGGUGUCAACUAUAGGGCUGCGUGUCAAAGAGCUGUUGUCGUACCGACUCUCUACUGCGAUGAUUUCACUCUUGGUGCGUUGGGAAUUCGCGAUGAUGUGGACUGGCUCUUUCGAAAAUGGGGAUUACGAAAGUUCAUUUCGUUUAAGUACAAUGCUUAUGAAGAGCUUACUAAGGAGUUUCUUGGAACAGUCACAGUUGCUUUUCAGGAUGCAAGGACACCACGAGCAGAUACUGGGAUAUUAGAUUUCUGCAUUGGUGACAAAGAGUACUCUAUUAAGAUUCCGGAUCUUUGCAAGGCCUUUGGUUUCACUUCUUACGAGAAGAUCCGAUUCACACCCUCCAAAAGUACUUACCCAAUAUGGACACAAUUUGCAGAUCAUAAUGCUUAUGAAGGUGGUUCUAAAGCAGCACAGAUCAAGCAUCCUGCUUUACGUUAUGCACAUCGAAUGUUAGCCAACACAAUGUUUUCUCGGGGAGAUACUAGCACAGUCAAAGCAGAUGAGUUCUAUAUCAUGAUGGCACCAUUCAUCAACGAUCCGCAGAAGGUAAACCUUGGAGCAGUUCUCGCUUGUGAGUUGGUAGAAUAUAAGCAUUAUGCUUACGAGAACAGGAACAAGCGAGCUGUUUUUGGCAUUGGUGGAGUUGUUUCAGUAAUAUUGGAAGCUUGUGGGGUUGAUCUGAAGGAGCACACACCUGUGGAAGGGAACAACCGCAUUGAUCUUGCUUUUCUUGGGCGCACACAUUACUUAGGAGGAUGGGUUGAUAACCCUCUGCAAUUUGCUUACCGCUUCACUGCAUCUUACGAAAAUGAGUAGAUAUUCUUGUUGCCCAGCCCGCAUCUUCCAUCAAUUAAGCCAAGCAGUACACCAUUUCCGCCUUCACCAAGUUCCUUCUAUAUAGCCACUAUCGACAGACCGCUUUUGCUGCUAAGCAAAUACUUUGCUAAGAUGCGCAAGUCAAUUCCAAAAAACACCAUACAGCCCUCCAGUGAGAGAUCGGCUGUCUCUCAACCGCUUAACCAACCUGUAAAUGCUCCCCUGCGCACUGAGACAGACAAGUGGUUCUACUCCUCUAUCACUAAGCUGGAAAAGAACCAAGCACGCCUUGAGAAGAAACUGGCCUGCCAGGCUUUGAUCAUCACUAAACUGACGCGCGCCGUAAAGAAAUAUGCUCCUGCACUCGUCUUUAAGCGUUCUACCAAAGAGAAAGACCCGCGCCAGCUCCAUUCUGACGGGGAUUUAAGCGAUACUAGUCUCAGCUUUCCUUUUAUUUUGGAGGAGCAUGAUGUUGACAAAAAUGAUAUCACCAGUGAACCACCAGCUCCAGCUGGCCCAUCAACUUUAGAAGACAAUGCUCCAUCUUCCUCCGAUGACGAGUGCUAGCUAAGGUAGUUUACAACAAACUCUUACACACGUACCACAUCCCGCUUAAUUUUUAGCCCAAGCGGGAAUAAAUUAUCUUCAUAUAAAGUAUCUACAACUAAAUAAAUCUCAGUAUGAGAAACUGCUGGGCAAUCUAAGAGAAUCUGAAGGGUCGAUCAUGGAUUUCAUGGAUUCAGAGACACAACCACCUGAUGAUUUACCGCAGCUGGAAGCAGAUUACAACAUGCCUCCUCCACUUGCUCCAGAAUGUAAAAGCUACAAAUGGAAAAUAGAAGUCAUAAAUACGGAUGGAACUAUAGAAGGCAAACUGAUGACAUCUGGAGAUGUCUGGAAAUUGCAAGAUAGUCAAGUUAUUGUGCAUUUCGAUGUUGAUACCAGUCAACCAAUUGGAGAUUCUGGAGGUUUACUUGGAUCAUGGUUAGGUCAAUUGAGCACUGAUGUGCGAUUGCUAGCCAUUGACUAUGACUAUUGGAGGUUGGUUAGUCCUGAUAUAAAAGAUAAAGCAUGGGAAUUAGUUCAGUCCAAAUUCAAAUUUGAUGAUCCUAUGAUGAGAAAAGCAUAUGUAAUAAGUGCACUAGGUAGCCGAUGCAAGGAUGUCAAAUUACGCCUUUGGAGAGAACACAAAAAAAAUAAUCUGAUUGAAACUUUGAGGAAUCGACCGGAGAAAAUUCCUGAAAAUCAAUGGUCUCAUUUUGUUCACAAGAGGUUCACCGAAAAGUGGAAGAAAAUGCAAGAGCGGAAUACAAGGAGCCAAAAAAAUAAUACCAUGCCUCACUUAUGUGGACGAAAGAGUUUUUCAAGAAAAAGAAACGAGAUUAAAGUCAAGACUGGAAAAACACCAUGUCGAGCAGAAUUUUUCAUUGAGACUCGCAAGAAACCUGAUGGAACCUUUGUGUCAGAGGAGGCGAAAACACACGCGAAAGCACUUACGACGUUGAUGGAGCAAAAUCCGCAAGUCAUGAGCAAUGUUACAGCUAGAUUGGAUGACGAAUAUGCUCAAGUGUUUGGUCCAGAGCGUUCCGGACGAGUGCGUUGUGUUGGUCGUGGACCCACACCUUCAAAAUUAGUGAGACACUCGACUGCUGCAACUGGACAAGAGAUAGAGAAUUCUGAAACAGUUAUCCAGCUGAGGACACAAAUGAAAGUUUUAGCAGAUCAAGUUAAAGCAAUGUCUGCAUUCGUUGGACAAAUACUUGGUAAUUCAACGGGUGAACAGGCAACUGCAUGGGCUGUAAAUUUUGCAACAGCUUUUGCGAACAUACCAAAUCCAGCCUUUGCAAACAUUCCAAAUCCACCGAAUCCUCGGGAAUUGGAUGAUGGUGCCAAUGAUAAACGCUAGAUGCUUAAAGCAUUCAACCAAAUGCUAGACAUCAUCAUCUACGUACCAAUGAUCAAGAUCUGUUUGUCAAUGAUCAAGAUCUGUUUGUCAAAACAAUUUAGCAUGCAACUUUGAUUUGUUUAUGUUUUAUGUAUUUAAUUUGCUCGUUUAUGAUGGACUACUUUUGUAAUUCGUUUUUCAGAUUUCUUUCAAUUUAAUUUAAAGAUGUUUUUUCGUUUU